AUAUUCCCCUCAGUGUUAAGCAUGGGAGUAGAAUGCGUGUCCAGACAUGGUUUUUCAGGUUUUGCUUUAUUGGUAGUUCAACUUCGCUGUUUCCUUGAUCUUCUUUGGAAAGAAUCGUAGUUGAUCAUUGUAUGGAUGGAAAGGUUGUCGAGUAACAGUGAAGUUCGUCGAUGUUAAGGUCUUCAUUGUGAGAAAAAGAUCCCUCAAGAGAAUUCCCGGCUUUCCGGGACGCACUCUGAAUUUAGGUCAAUUUCGUACUAGGGUUAGAGAGGAAAUGGGGCCAGAGUUGUAAAAUCAGGAUUGGAAAGGGACAAGCAGUGGGGGACUUGACAGAGUGAUCAAGUGCGCGAGUGGCGCCGUGAGUUUCCUGGAGUGGCUGCAUGGACUGUGUAGUAGAGCUGGAGAAGCACAAGACUGUUGAUUCUUUACAUUCGCCUUCAAGCCUGCGUAUCAGCCGGGUUAGAGAGCAGCGGAAGUCUUUCUCCUCAUGGCAGGGUGCAUCUCCGCGCCGGCGAAGUGCGUCCAUCCGGCUGGUAGGUCGACAUCCAGAUGUGUAUGAGCCCUGUGAUGACUCCUUCGCUCUGGUUGAUGCGUUGCUGGCCGACAAGGCAAACCUUGUGGAACGGCGUCCAAAACUUUGUCUGGAGGUUGGAUGUGGCAGUGGUUAUGUCAUUACCUCACUAGCCUUGAUCCUCGCAGAUGAAUGCCAUGCUCAGUUUUUCGCUACGGACAUCAGUCAGACAGCCGCGCAGGUGACGCGUGAGACCUUAUCAGCGCAUGGACUCCAGGCUGACGUAGUAGUCACCGACUUGGUACAUGGACUAGAGAAACGAUUGGCUGGUUCAGUGGAUGUUCUCUUGUUCAACCCUCCUUAUGUUCCCACUCCUGAGCACGAGGUGGGUGCGGCAGGCAUAACUGCUACUUGGGCUGGUGGUGAUAGGGGCAGAGUUGUAAUUGACCGUAUGCUGACAAUGGUAGACAGUCUAUUAUCGAGUAAGGGUUGGUUCUAUAUGGUUACCUUGACAGCAAACAAUCCAAGCGAGAUUUGUCAGAUUAUGAAAAAGAAGGGCUUUGCAUCACGAAUUGUUAUUCAGCGUUAUACAGAGGAAGAGAACUUACAUGUACUGAAGUUCUGGAGAGAAGACCUUGCUUUUGAUUAUGAUUACAACGCCGAAACAGGGGGUGGUGGUACUACACCUCAAUCGUCACUUUCCUCAAAAAUGUCUCGCCUUGCAUUCUGGAGAUAAUUUCUUUUGGUAGUUAGUCUGGAUGUGCACUUAGGAUACAUCCAAGUGUGUUUCAUAUUGUAGUGUGUGUUAUUCCUAUCCUUGGAAGUCUAGGAUGUGAUCUAUGCUAGACAAAAGACCGGGUAUUUUGUCCUCCCAUUUAUUGGCACAAUGGGUCUACGGAAUCCGUUUAUCAGCGUGAAUGAUAGUUGUAGCACGGGCAUCACCGCCUCUUCCUCUCACAUGGCAUAUGUACAGGAUUCUGUGUUGUCUUCAACGAAAACCAGUCCCACCAUUUUAAGUA